AUGCCUGAAAUUUGGUUCACGCCGCUAAUGGCGCUGUUACUACUCGCAUUUUCCUCUGCAGUUCGCUCGUGUCCGCCUUCGGACCUGGUGGCGCUGCUGGCCUUCAAAUCAGUUCUCCGGGAGUCUCACGGCGGAAUAUUCAACUCCUGGACAGGCACCGACUGCUGCCGCAACUGGCGCGGCGUCUCCUGCGACCGCAACUCUCGCCGCGUCGCGGAAAUCAGCCUCCGCGCCGGUCCAGUCUACACCACGUUCGAGAAACCUUACCGUCCCGACUACAUGUCCGGUUAUAUCUCCCCAGAGAUUUGCAAGCUCACUCACCUUUCCAGCCUCAUCAUCACCGACUGGCACGGAAUCUCCGGCGAGCUGCCUCGCUGCAUCUCCUCCCUCUCCUACCUCCGCAUCAUCGACCUCAGCGGAAACCGCAUCUCCGGCACUCUCCCCGCUGACAUCGGGAAGCUUCGGCAGCUGAAUCUGCUAAGCGCCGCCGAUAACCUCAUCGCCGGCGAAAUCCCCGCGACGUUGACGAGCUUGACCGGUUUGACGCAUCUGGACCUCCGUAACAACAAGAUCUCCGGGCCUAUCCCACAGAAAUUGGGCCAGCUUCAGAUGCUGAGUCGGGCCCUUUUAAGCGGAAACCAAAUUAGUGGGCCUAUCCCGGUUUCAAUCUGUCAUAUAUACCGUCUCGUGGAUCUUGAUCUGUCAAAUAACCAUUUAUCUGGGCCCAUCCCUGAAGCUUUGGGCCGAAUGGCAGUUCUGUCGACGUUGAAGUUGGAUACUAACAGGCUUUCUGGAAGCAUACCAGCGAGCCUUUUCGGCUCGAGUAUUAGUGAGUUGAACUUGAGCCACAACAUGUUAGAGGGUAGUAUACCCGAUACGUUUGGGGGUUCAUGCUAUUUCACGUUACUGGAUUUAUCGUAUAAUAACCUCAAAGGCCCAAUACCCAAAUCCAUGUCUUCUGCUUCGUACAUUGGGUACGUGGAAUUUAGCCACAACCACCUCUGCGGCCCAAUUCCUAGCGCAUACAGUAACACCGAUGCGUCGUCGUUUGCUUACAACGAUUGUCUUUGUGGAAAGCCACUCAAAGCUUGUUAA